GGAGCCUGCGGGCGGCGCGGAGGCCGAGGAGCGCUCGCUGCAGCACAUGCUGCGCGCCAUAGCCGAGGAGCGCGGCCGCCUCAGCCUGCGCCGCGAGGUCUGCGGCCUCGGGUGCUUCAAGGAUGACCGCAUCGUCUUCUGGACUUGGAUGUUCUCUACCUACUUCAUGGAGAAGUGGGCCCCGCGGCAGGACGACAUGCUCUUCUACGUGCGCCGGAAGCUGGCAUACGUGGGCAGCGAGGGCGCCGUCGACGGGCGGAAGCUGGCUGAGGCCGAGCCCGAGGUGGAGGUGGAGGUGUACCGGCGGGACUCCAAGAAGCUGCCGGGCCUCGGAGACCCUGACAUCGACUGGGAGGAGAGCGUCUGCCUGAACCUCAUCCUGCAGAAGCUGGACUACAUGGUGACGUGCGCUGUGUGCACACGAGCUGAUGGGGGCGACAUCCACAUCCAUAAGAAGAAAUCCCAGCAAGUGUUCGCAUCCCCCAGUAAACAUCCCAUGGACAGCAAAGGGGAAGAAUCCAAGAUCAGCUACCCCAACAUCUUCUUCAUGAUCGACAGCUUCGAGGAGGUGUUCAGCGACAUGACCGUGGGCGAAGGAGAGAUGGUCUGUGUGGAGCUGGUGGCCAGUGACAAAACCAACACGUUCCAAGGGGUCAUCUUUCAGGGCUCCAUCCGCUACGAGGCGCUCAAGAAGGUGUACGACAACCGCGUGAGUGUGGCUGCCCGCAUGGCACAGAAGAUGUCCUUUGGCUUCUACAAGUACAGCAACAUGGAGUUUGUGCGCAUGAAGGGGCCACAGGGCAAGGGCCACGCUGAGAUGGCGGUCAGCCGUGUGUCCACUGGUGACACGUCCCCCUGCGGGACCGAAGAGGACUCCAGCCCGGCUUCGCCCAUGCACGAGCGGGUGACCUCCUUCAGCACUCCCCCAACGCCCGAGCGCAACCACCGGCCCGCCUUCUUCUCCCCGUCCCUCAGGAGGAAGGUGCCCCGGAGCCGCAUGGCGGAGAUGAAGAAGUCUCACUCGGCCAACGACAGCGAGGAGCUCUUCCGGGAGGAUGACGGGGGAGCCGACCUGCACAACGCCACCAACCUGCGGUCUCGGUCCCUGUCCGGCACGGGGCGCUCCCUGGUCGGGUCCUGGCUGAAGCUGAACAGAACAGACGGGAAUUUCCUUCUUUAUGCACAUUUAACCUACGUCACUUUGCCGCUGCACCGGAUUUUAACAGACAUCCUGGAAGUACGGCAGAAGCCCAUCCUGAUGACCUAGCCGUGUGCGGAGCCCACGCGGAGCCUCCAGCCCUGCCCAGGCCUGGGGGCGCUGCCAAGUGCCUACCUGUCCACCGCCACUGGGGUCUUCCGGGACCACCCAGCGCCGCAGCCGGAGCCAGGCGGGACCACUCGACUCCCGGGGCCGGGGCCAGCUCCACCAACACCAGCCCAAACUGAAGUGCCUCGUUCUCCUCCCCGCUGGCUCUGCUCCUGCCCCUGCCCCUGCGCCCACCCACCCGGCACCCUCCGCCCAUCUCUGGAGAACCCUCUGCACCCAGAGAGGACCAGAGAUGCCAAGAGGCGUAAGAGAGAGCAGAGGAGCAGCCAGCAUCCAGAAGAGUCCAGCCCUACGGACUCGAUGUACGCAUCCCGACAGACAGCAAGCAGAGACCACUGGCUGGGGGCACGCGGUGUGUCAGACUGUCAGCACUUAAGGAACAGCGGUUUCAGGUUUUGUGACGCUGUACCGAUGACCUUCAGCGUCCAAGUUAGUCCCGAUCAUCUGCCCUCCCUCGUUUACUCCUGGUUGUAGAUGGGUUUCCGUGGGGAGCGGGGAACACGGCUGUCUGAAGGUUUUGCCCUGGGCUGGGAAUACCUCGCCCUGUGCCCGGCCCCAGACAGGCCCGCACCUGCCAGAAUGGCCUUUGCUUCCAGCCAAAGAGCAUCAUUACCAACACACACCCCUCCAGCGUGGGGACAGCCACCCCGUCCGCGCCUCAGCUGGCGUGACCUGCACAGUUUGGAUUCUGAGGGCAGGAGGGAGGGCUUGGUAGCCAGACAGGAGAAGGGUGGGGUCCCUGCCAGAGGGCGAGGAGGGGUCUGCGUUCUCCCAGGAAGGUUCCAGGUAGAACCUCUGUCCCCUGGGGCCGGGGGAGGGGAGAGGGUGUUUCAUCUUCCGUGGUUUCCUAGAGCUCAUUUCCUUUGACUGGGCGUGCUGGUCCCAUUUCUCAGACCAGUCACUGAGGCAAAGGGGAACUGGCUUCCACGUGGCUUGUCAGGCCUCGUUCCAGCUUGAAGGGUUUCCACCUAUGGUGACACAUUGUGCUCGUCUCAAAACCGCGAGGCUCCUCAAGAACAGAAGCGUUUCCCCUGCCCACGGGAGUAAGCCGUCAGCUGGGUCUCUGCUGCUCUGUUUUGCUUGCGUCCUCAGGAGUGUUUGUUUGAAGGGUUCCUGGUGUACUAAGGUUAGAGAUCCUCUGGGGGAGAAGAGGGAGAGGAGGAGGGGCUUGUUUUCCCGUCCGUUUCCAUUCUGCGCGUUCUGAGGGUUUGCGCUGGGCUCCAGGAACCGGGGACUACUUUCGGGCUUCUCCAGAUUUUGUAUGCUGUUAUUAAAAGCGAGCUACUGCAUUUCA